AGGUGGCCAGCACGAGCAGCGUGAUCCAACUGACUGGAGACGACAAGAGUAUGUUGCAGACCACUGGAUGGAAGAUGACUGUUAUGGAUAUCAGUUCCUGAAUGAACUCAACCCCGGUGUUAUAAAGCGCUGCUCAGAGCUUCCCACAAACUUCCCGGUCACAGAGGAAAUGGAGAAGCCGUUCCUGGAAGAGGGAAGCUCUCUGCAGAAGGAAAUGGAGAAAGGCAACAUGUUCCUUUAUGACCAGAAGAAGAUGGAUGGAAUUCCCCCUGCAGCCUAUAAUGGUGAACCUCUGCACGUGACUGCUGGUCUCUGUUUGCUCAACGUGAACCCAGAAAACAAACUGAUGCCAAUUGCAAUACAGUUGAAUCAACAACCAUCUGAGAAGAACCCCAUCUUCCUGCCCAGUGAUCCAGAAACGGACUGGCUGCUAGCCAAGAUGUUCAUUAAAAAUGCAGAUUGCAUGGAUCACUAA